AAAUUUUUUCAUUUUUUUUUUUGAGAUAAUAUAAUCCCAUCAAACUAUCCAUGGAACUUUAUACAAGAUAGUGAACAUGAAUCUGGUAUCCUUUAAGGAUUUGUUUGAGUCAGAGAACUGCUCAUAAACCUCUCUUACCUUAUUAGGUAGGGCUAUGGGAAAUAUUCUCCAAUUAAAGAACCAUUCGUAAAACCAAGAUGGAAAUUCAAAUAAUUCUUUAUCCAACUGGAAUUGUAUAAACCAGCUGAAUUUUCUUUGCCUAUUUUCAUAAAGUAAGGCACCAGUCCAGGCUUGCAUAUAAUCAAAGUAAUUAAAAUACCUGGGCUUUCCGAAAUUUAAUUCUUUCUGUUUGAAGAGUGAAUCUCCUCAUUCAUUAAAGGAUAUUAUCCUUUUAAUGAUAAACUAACUGAAUGCCCACUCAUUAGCAGACCUUUCUGUUGGAGAAAAGACCACUGAAUCGAUCUCUGCUAAGAUAGCUUGAUAGUAAGUGUAGUCCUUUAGUAAAUAAAGAUUCACUGUAUGAUGUUCUGUGUAGAAAUUUGCUAUCUCAUAAGGCCUCAGUUCCUUGUGUUUUUUAUCCAUUGGCAUAAGCAAACAGUAGCUUAUUGGAAUAUAGGGGUAAUUAACCUCUUUGGCGUUAUUAGCCUCAAUGCUGAUAGAAUAAGCAUCUUCUCGAAAUUUAUCCACCUUUUUAGGCGGAAGUGGUGAAACCUCAUGGGUCCACUUUGAAAGAGUCAUCGAUGCCUUUGAACACAUGUCCUGUAAGAAAUUCACGGGUUAGGAAAUCAGGCAACGAGUUAGUUUCUCCUUUUAUAAAUUUAAUAUCAAAAUCAAAUACUGAUAAGAUGGCUUGCCAUCUAGCAAAGAUGGUUUGGCGUCUUGUGCUAAAUUUUUAUAAAAGCCAGCGACAUAAUUAAGACUGCCUAGGAAUCUCUGUAACUGGGUUUUAUCUUUUAUUUCAUCAAAUAAUUUACUAGCAAAUUCGAUGGCUCGAUCUAUGGGAAUAAUAGAUCCUUGUUCAAUGUUAUGACCUAAAAAUCUAAUUUUAGCCUGGAAGAGUUUUAUCUUCUUGGCUGAGACAAUUAAACCAUUUUUCUUUAUAAUUUUCAUGAACACAUUUAAGUGUUUGAAGUGUUGAUCUAUUGUUCUGGAGAAAAAAAGGACACCAUCAAUAUAAACAAUUGAGAAUGCUGAAUAAGCAUUGAAUAUUUCAUUCAUAAUUUUUUGAAAUUCUGACGGGGCAUUUUUAAGCCCAAAUGGCAUCACAUUCCAUUUGUAAUGCCCAAAUGAUACUGUAAAGGCAGUUUUAUACCUAUCUUCUUUAGCUAUCUGGAUUUGCCAGUAUCCAGAUUUCAUAUCAAAUUUAGAAAAGAUUUGGGGCUCGUAGAAUAUGUUUAACAGAUCUCUUUUAUUAGGUAAUGGAUAUCUUAUCCAUCUAAGAGCUUUAUUUAAAGGUUUUAUUUAACGCCAAAGAGGUUAAUUACCCCUAUAUUUCAAUAAGCUACUGUUUCCUUAUGCCAAUGGAUAAAAAACACAAGGAACUGAGGCCUUAUGAGGUAGUAAAUUUCUACACAGAACAUCAUACAGUGAAUGCUUAUUUACCAAAGGACUACACUUACCAUCAAGCUAUCUUAGCAGAGACCAAUUCAGUGGUCUUUUCUCCAACAGAAAGGUCUGCUAAUGAGUGGGCAUUCAGUAAGUUUAUCAUUAAAAGUAUAAUAUCCUUUGAUGAAUGGGGAGAUUCACUCUUCAAACAGAAAGAAUUAAAUUUCGGAAAGUCCAGGUAUUUUAAUUACUUUGAUUAUAUGCAAGCCUGGACUGGUGCCUUAAUUUAUGGAAAUAGGCAGAGAAAAUUCAGCUGGUUUAUACAAUUCCAGUUGAAUAAAGAACUAUUUGAAUUUCCAUCUUGGUUUUACGACUGGUUCUUUAAUUGGGGAAUAUUUCCCAUAGCCCUACCUAAUAAGGUAAGAGAGGCUUAUGAGCAGUUCUCUGACUCAAACAAAUCCUCAAAGGAUACCAGAUUGAUGUUCACUAUCCUGUAUAAAGCUCCAUGGAUAGUUUGAUAUAAUCUCAAAAAAGAAAAUGAAAAAAUUUGGCUAGUUUUCCACAGAUCAUGUGCCAUGGUUAACUCGGAGAGUCCUAAUCAAAUGGUAGGAUAAGUGUGACUUCUUUGAGUCACCCUCUGUUUAUUCCUCCAAAGGAUUAAUUACUCUGGCUAAAAAGCCAAUAGUGCCCAGUCCUUCAGUCUCAUCAAAUUUAUCAGAAUUAUUCAAAGAUCUACUCAAAUCAGUGCCAAAAGAUGAACUUCGCCGACAGCUUUUUAGCGCAUUAUCAGAAGACGACAAAGAUGCCAGCUCAAAAGCUAAAGAUGCUGCGGAGUGCUCCAAGUCACGUCAAGAAGACAAAAGUGAUAGUGACACUGACAUGGAAGGACAAUAUUGGGAAGACAGCCAAGACCCUUAUGACCUGUAAAGAGUAUCAGAUUCCUCUCAGUCUAAAAGACUAGACAUCCACUAUCCUUUGGCUGCCACUAAAAGUGACGCAUGCCAUGCCAUCUGAAGAUUCCUUCUAACUUCUAUAAGAAGGCCUCCCGACUUGCUCAAGAAGCAGAGAAGAGUGAGAGAGAAGAAUAGUAAGUUGUGUUUUUUCUUUAAAGCUUUUCUUUGAGUGUACUGUUUUCGUUUGAAUGUUCUAAGAGUGUACUAUUUUCAAAUCAAUAAAAUAUAUGGUAUUUUCAUCAUUCCAAUCUUCUUUUCCAAAGUUAGAAAAAGAAUUAGAUGUUUUAAUUAAUCAAGCUAAGGAGUUGAACCAAGAACUUGAAACACUGUCACUAAGCACUGUGGAUCUUCUUGGACAACCCUCUAGUAAGUACGAUUAUUGGGUUUACUAUUCACCUCCGCCUUCUGCUAAUAUUCCUGUAGCUUCUAUCAAACCUACUGGUUGGGAAGAAGACUGUAGCUCUAUGUUUGAUGAUCAAGGCCUGGGAUUUUUUGCCAAUUUUCUUGGCAUUUUUAUAUUUUUCCUGGUGAUAGCAUAUCAUUAUGUGAUGGCUGAUCCAAGAUAUGAAGGCAAUUGAAACUGGUGCGUUUUAAAUAGCAGUCUGAAUGAUACUUGCACCAUGUCAAUUUUGGUAGCUGUGUUGUAGUGGAAAUUUUGAUCUUCAAUAUAUUGCCUAGUUAUCAUCAUUUUGAAUGUUCUAUAAUCAUCAUCAUGGAAAUCAAAAUUUGUUGAAGUACUUAGCCUACUAAGAUUUUUCUGUGGCAAGAAUGGUGGCAUCAUAUUGUGCGAGACAUUCCAAAAGCUUUGCCAUUGUUAUCCUGAUAAUAAAUAUUUUAUCAUAGGAUAAACAUCAAGACUUGGUCAAUAAAAUGUACUGAUAGUAGUUAUUAAUUACGGUCUUGCAUUAUAUUUUUGAAAAUUGUAAAUGAUUACGAAAGAAGGUGUGCACUCUGUUAUAA